CGUCUGCUCUCCGCUUUCAUUCGACUGUUCAGUCUUAUUGUCGUCAGAGGCCAUUCCUAAUUUUUUUUUGAUUCGGCAUAUUAUCUCAAAGGAAUGCCAUAUUUUCUUAAUAGAGAUAAAACAGCAACAACCAUCGUCUGUCAAAUAGAGCUAGAAUAGUUGUAUCCUGUUAUAAGAGAAUAACUACAGUUACUAUACUGAAGUUUUCUGAAGUUACAGCUCGCUAGCUAACGUUAUCGUUCGGGCUGGGUGUGGACUGUCAAUGGCGUGUGUAGAGACAUCAGAUGACAGGGUAGGAGAGGUCCUGCUGAAAAGAGUGAUGCAGGAGCAGCUGGAUGAGGUGUUGUCAUCACAGGUCCCGGUAGUGGUCUCCGCAGAAACCCAGGAAUUGGAGAGUGAGCAGGAGCAGAAGAUGGUGUUACAGCUGGCUGUGAUGAUACGUACCAUCGGAGACGCCUUCAAGGAGAACAGGGAGCUGGACGACAACAGUGUGAUAGAUGGAAUGGUGGGGCAAAUGACCAGCAAGACCAGCUACUGGAAUUUGGUAGAAAAGGUAUUUGAGGACGGUCAAAUCACCUGGGAGAGAAUUGCUGUGCUGUUCUACGUAGCAGGGAGGAUAGCUGUCAAGGUAGUGAUUGCUCACCUCCCCGAGUUAGUGAAGGACAUUCUGAAGUGGACUCUGGAGUACUUCAGAAGCAAAUUACUGGACUGGAUCCAGAAACAUGGAGGAUGGAUGAACAGUUUCGCUGCGCUGGCACGUGUACAGGUGGAGAGGAUAUCCUCUAUGAGCGCCCGGUCCUCAGGGCUCAUCCUGGUCUUCCUCGGAGGUGUCAUAAUAGGUAGUGUUAUCACCUGGAAACUGGCCAGGAGGACCUGACACACACACACAUACACAGUCCCACUCCGGUUCAAACGCAAUUGUUUGACAUGACAUGCAAACGUGUGGGCGUGCACACACACACACACAAAUACAUUUGUUUACCUAGUCUAUGUAUUAUUAGUUACCUACCUUCUGGUUUGCUCCGGAUAAAUAAGAUGACCAGAUGCUGCUGGAAGUGGUGUUGGAGAGCCAAUAGGAAACACUCUUUCCUCUGGUCUAAAACAAAAAUGUCCCAGUGCAAAGAUUGGGGACAUUGCCCUCUGUCGGGUGCCAUCUUUUGGGUGGGACGUUAAAACGGGUGUCCUGACUCUCUGUGGUUAAUAAAGAUCACAUGGCACUUAUCUUAAGAGUAGGGGUGUUAACCCCGGUGUCCUGGCUAAAUUCAUCUGGCCCUCAUACCAUCAUGGCCACCUAAUCAUACCCAGCUUCUAGUUGGCUCAUUAAUCCCUCUUCCCUGUAACUAUUCCCCAGAUCGUUGCUGUAAAUGAGAAUGUGUUCUCAGUCAAUUUACCUCAACUUAAAUAAAAUUAAACUCUUUUUUUAUCAGUGCCUUCAGAAAGUAUUCACACCCCUCAACUUUUUCCACAUUCUGUUGUUACAAAGUGGGAUUAAAAUGGAUUUAAUACUUUUUUUUUCAACACAAAAUACUGUAUUACAUCUCUGCACCUAGAAAAAGAGAGCCAUCUGUACUGCUAUUUUAGUUUUCAGUUAAUUUGAUUGAUUAUUCUCUAAUCAUUGAUUUCAUGUACUUAUCUCAGCAAUUUCAGGGUUUUCUGUAUAGUUAUCUAAUGUUGGUGUGGCAUAUUAUUCUGUUUUAAUGUUACCAAAUCUUCUUAAACACUACUGUUGCUCACAGAGUGAGUCCACGCAAUUUAUUUUGACUUGUUAAGCACAUUUUUACUCCUGAGCUUAUUUAGGCUUGCCAUAACAAAAGGGUUGAAUACUUAUUGAUUCAAGACAUUUUUAAUUCAUUUGUAAAAACAAAAUAUCUCAAAACAUAAUUCUCCUUUGACACAAAAUCUCAAUGUAAUCCAUUUAAAAUUCAGGCUGUAACAUAAAGGGAUGUGAAUACGUUCUGAGGGCACUGUAUAUAUUAACCUACAGUCAUGAAACCAAAGUGUUGGGGCAGAGCUCAGUACAUUUUGUGUCACUACCCUUACGGAAAAAACAUGAAUUUCACGUUUUUAAUGUGAUCUUUAUGGGAAGUUAAUAUGACAACAUGUAAAAGCAACAUGUGAUAAUAUGAAAUUGCACAUUUGCAACAUUUCAACAUGUGAUACCAUGAAACUACACCUCACAACAUUUGAAAGUUUUUCACAGUCAAAAUUUGAUUUUCACAUGUGAAACUGCAAUUCACAUGUGUGGUGAAAACAUGUUAUUCUCACAUGUGAAAGGUGGUGUUAACAUGUGAACUCUGUAUUGAAUACAUGUGAACAACUGUCCUCGCAUGUGUCUCUUUUGUUUUCAAAGGUGAAAACUGCAAAUAAAAUAAAACUGUAUGUCAUCACAUGAAGUGUUCCAAAACCACAUGGUUUCAAAUGUUACAAAUGUUAAAAUGUUACAUGUGGAAAUUUCACAUGUGAAAUCAUGUUGUUUUUCCUAUAAGGGUAUAGCAUCAUGUUUGUUGGUAUCCUGCUAGACAAGGGUAUCUGUGCCUGAAAUGAGAAACCAGUGUAAGCCUAACAGACAGACAAUCAUGUUAUGUGAUUGUUUUUUUUACAGAAAGGUCAUAUUAUUUUUCAAUACAAUAUUUUACAGAAAUAACACAUGAAUACCGAUUUGAUAUUUUUGAAGUUUAUAAAAAUGUAUGAAACAUGUAUUUUGAAUAAAAAACAUUUGGGAUGUUUGACUUGAAUGUAAUGUAUUAAAUGUGCCAUUUUAUUAGGAUAAACAAAAUAAAUAUGAGUUGACGGUG